GUCUUUUUUUCUUUUUUUUUAAAGGAUGUAUGACAAUCUUACCCACUAUCCUAUUUCUGAUUACAAGAGUAUUGAAAGAAACAGCAGUAAAAUCGGCAGAUAAUCAGGUCCCACCUCCAGUCAGUGCAGCCCUUCAAGGGAUAAAAACUAUUGUUACUCUUCCAACAGUCAAGACUGAUGAAACUCAGAAACAAUGGACAGGACUUAUCCGCAGCACUCUGGCAUCUAUCUUGGAAUACUCUCAACCUGAAGCCUCUAAGCCUAUUCUUGAUGAAGUAAGCAUACUUACAGCUAUUGCUCUCUUCCUUUGGUCAGCAAGCACUGAAAUAAUUGGAGUGCAGUCUUUACAAAAUGGAUGUAUGAACAGAUUUAAAAGUGCAUUAAAUUCCUGUGAUCCUUGGGUUCAAGCCAAGUGUUACCAGCUUCUGCUUUCUGUGUUCCAACACACCAAUCGUGCCCUGUCAACUCCAUAUAUUCAUUCAUUGGCCCCUAUCAUGGUUGAGAAGUUGAAAGCUGUGGAAAGGAGCCGCCCGAACAACAACCUGGAGCUAUUAGCAGUCCAGGAAGGAAUUAAAGUUCUUGAAACGUUGGUUGCCCUUGGUGAGGAACAGAAUAGAGUCCAGUUGCUUGCCCUUCUCGUUCCCACUCUGAUUUCCUAUUUACUGAAUGAAAAUGCCUUUGCUUCUGCAUCUACAGCAUCUAAAGAUCUUCACGAAUUUGCACUUCAGAAUCUAAUGCACAUUGGUCCACUUUACCCACAUGCUUUCAAGACAGUAAUGGGAGCUGCUCCUGAAUUAAAAACACGUCUAGAAACUGCAGUCCGAGCAAGUCAGGCCAGCAAAGCAAAAGCAGCUGCUAGGCAACCACCACCCACAGUACAUUCCACCCCAACAAUUAAACUGAAAACUAGCUUUUUUUGAAUUACUUUUAUUAUUUUUGGACCAUUAAGUAGUCAGAAGCAUUACAUUAUCCCUGAUGUGUUACUGCAUAUAUGUCUGUAAUUUUGUGUAAUUUGUAUGUGAAAGGCUGUCUAAUAAGAGCUUUGUGUAAUUACUUGAAAUCCAUGCAUUACAAGGGAAGUGGUGUUACUUGUAUUUGUAUAGAUUUUUAGGAAGUUGAAUGUGAUCAUAUUUAUGAAUUUGUGUUAUAAAUUAUCCACCAAAAAAAAAAAAUCUGUAUCUGACUAAACAGUUUUAUUUAUUUUUUAAAAGCUACCCCAAACCUUUGAGUGGUUUUUGAAAUCUGGUGAUUGUUAUCCUACCAUUGUGCCAACACACUAACACAGUGGGGAUGGAGGGAAGAGGGGAAAGUGUUAUGCAG